GCUGCUGCUCUGCAAUCUGCAUCACCGCGCUGGGCACCUGUGAGAGCUAGAGGCAGGAGAACCGGACGUCAUCCUCAAGGUGCAGGGUACCCAAUCUCACGGUGUGCAAGCAAGCACAAUGGCGGUUGAGGCUGCCACAGCGACGGAAACUGCCACCGGGGAAGUUGCAAGACAUCCCCUGCAACACAGGUGGUCGUUGUGGUACGACAACGCCAAGCUUAAGGCAGCAACGGAGACCUGGGCGGACAACCUCAAGCACAUCCUGGCGUUCGAGACCGUUCAAGAGUUCUGGGCACUCUUCAACAACGUCAUGCCGCCCAGCAUGCUAUCGGUGCAGAGCAAUUACAGCGUGUUUAAGGAGGGUGUCAAGCCCAUGUGGGAGGACACGGCAAAUCGACAGGGGGGUAAAUUCGUGCUUACCGUGAAGGGGGAAGACCUGCCGCAGCUGGACCAGUGGUGGCUGCAUGCGGUGCUGUCCGCUAUCGGGGAGACGCUAGAGUCGGAGACCGAUCCGGAGGUGUGCGGCCUGGUCGUCAGCUUGCGCAAGGGGCAGCACCGCAUAGCUCUCUGGACGAAAACCUGCCAGGAGUCGAGGGUGGUUCCAGUCGCGAAGAAGCUUAAAGAGGCCCUCAAGCUUCCGGCGCGAUUGAAGUUCGUGUUCCAGACCCACAGCGAUGCCGUGUCUUCCCUGUCCAGUUUCCAGAACGCAUCGCGAUUUGAGGUUUGAGCGAGGACGGAGACUAGCGUGGGAAGAACUUGCAUGUGCUGCCGCUGCGUUUGCUGGCAGUGCGGCACGGUCAAAGCUCUAUUGGUCGACGCGAGCUGCAAAGCUGCAAGGACAGCGGCCGUGAUUGGCGAUACUCCAUGGCAUUUGAAGCGGGUCGGGUGUUAAGGGUCGGGUGCGCAUUACACGUCGUUAUCUCGGAAUCCUGCAGGGGAACGGCGUUAGGGUUCGUGAAGCGCCAACGGCACCGGUCAUAAUGUAGACGACUUCGAUAGCACCUACAUGGAGUGUUGUGCUGGGUAGAGUAUGGUGUGAGACAGGAGGAUACAGCCGUUACAUCUGUAUGUUGUAAAGAUGUUGAUACCUUCUUUUUGGUAUUUGGCCUGUGACGACGGGAGGAGUUCGCGUCACUUGCAUCGGUACGGACGUUAGAAGGUGCAGUACUGAGGAGAGACCGGAACGGUUUUUUAUGUGACCGCAACAACAUUUGUGGGGGUUCAUGUGGCGAACUUCUGUCGACUUGAGGCUGGGAAAAAAUUGUCCUUCCCGCUGGGUGGAUCGAAAGGAGAUGCGAGAGACGCGCCGCACGCGCACUAAACAAUUUCAGCAUGUUUUUGGUUUGGCGGAGGGCUGAGCAGCUUCGCAUGGUCAUAGCUCCUCUUGUUGUCAUCCAGCUUCAUGCGCGUGGACCGCCGCUACCUUGCUUCCUGUUACCUUCGCGAUGCCGCAAGCGCCAAACAAACGCGUGCGUGCUAUGGUCGCGGUGCAGCCUGUCAACACGGCGGGUGUUGUCAAUUCUGGAAGUAUUUUUUUAGCCCGUCUACAAAUAAAUGCAUGUAGGGUGUGUCCUUGAGCCGAAUAGAAGGCGCGCUCAGUCGGUCUCCCCGACGUCCCUCAUGUUCAUUUUGCGACGUUUUUUGGGGGUUGUUUCGUGCGGGAUGAGCCAACCUCUCGUUUUCCCUUGUCCAUUGUUUCUCCACGUUCUCUGUUCAUUGCUUGCGCCGGUCACUGCGUGCGUUUUGUACGUUCGCUGUCGUUUCCGUCACGCCGUCCUUCACCUAGUUGUUGUCCGGUUCCUCUGUAUCUGUUUUCAGCAAAGAUAUGAGUUUCAGUGAUGUCGGGACGGAGAACAAAGUAGUCAACUCCCCGUGCCAAUGCGCAGGGGACGAGCGAGAAACACUCCCCCCUCCCCAAAAGCAGAAUCUUGUGUUUUGGCAAGCCGUUUGCGAGCAGGACGAAGGCUAAAUCUAGUUGUCAGCGAUUUCUGCGUGCAUAAUUCGAAAAGGAUCAUCAACCAACCCCGUUCGACUACUUGUGGUUUUAUGUCGAACGGGUUG